AUGAAACAAUUUCAUAUAGACUUGAAUAUCAUUGAACAAGAAUUUUCGAGACAAGAGUCAUCGAAACGACCAUAUCGUCCCUUUCUCAUGUCUCUCUAUUUUACCAUUCGGUAUUUCAUCAAAUACAAAUUCUCUACAGUUCUGGAGUGGCAUCACUCAGAGAAUGACAAUUUGGAACGAGAGCAACAGUCAAAACUCGACACCACCUCCCAAAGUGACACGAUACCCUAUUUUGCAACUUGUUCCAAUCAUGGAUUUAUUUAUGCUGAGGGGUUCAAUACUCAAUUGCAAUCUCGCUUCUUUUAUGAAAAUUAUGAUCCACAUGCUGGUGGGGAUUAUAGAAGCCAUCGACAAAUUUUUGAACAGGAUCAAAAUGGUGGUGAAACAAUUCAUUUUCUAACCGAGACCUAUACACUUCAAGAAGAAUUUGUAGCGUUUUUGCAAAUAAUCGUUCGAAAUGUCAAUGGAGUGAUUUAUAUUCUAAAUAUUCCAAAGAGUAGUGUGGAUGAUUCGUUGAAUGGUUUGGAACGCGUCUUGGAAUCUGAACUCAGGUCUCUAAAAUCCAUAAUGAAUAAUGAUAUUGACUAUAAAUUGCUGUAUACUAUUGGAUUGCACACACAGCAUGAAUGUAAAGAUGUAAUUUUCCAGAAACUUUGUGAAAUGGUGAACGAAAAGAAUUAUUUUGGCAAGCAUGAUGUGAGUGUCACUCAAUGCAAUUUAUACGAUCAUGAUCAAGUGGAGAGAACCAUGAUCCAUACACUGGAACGAUAUCGAUUACACCCAAUCGACAUGAAUCGUUUGUUUAUAUGUUUGGUCCAUCAUCAUUUGAAAUUGGGCAAGAAAGACAAGAAAAAGUGUCGAAUCAUGUGA